AUGUGUUCAAUAUCAAAUAAAAUGUGGAAAAAUGCCUUAUGUGUGUGGGAAUUCAGCCAUACAAAAAAUGUCACUAUGGCUAGUCGACUAUGUACAGCAGCAAUUUCAAACUCUGAUCAGGAUGACAAUAAAUCAUUAACUAAAGAAAAGGCUCAAACCUUAGUAAUGAAUUUGACAAACGAAGAAAGAGACAAUUUAGCUUGGUGCUUAAAUCAUUACGAAUCGGAAGAGACCAAAGCAGAAUAUCGAGGUCAAUUGGCUGGGUUCAGAUGGCGUUCAAAGUUUGGACGCCCCAGUAAAGUACCUGAACUAGGAGAUGUAGAUCCAACAGGCUCUUACUGUCCAUUGCCAGAAGAAUGGCUGUUAAAAAAAUACGCGGAAACUGUACCAGAACCAACUAGAGCACAAUUAUUUAGAGUGGGAUUGCAAAAUGCUAUUCCUUUUAUUAUGUUUGGAUUUUUGGACAACUCAGUGAUGUUAAUAUGUGGUGAAUCAAUUGAAAGAACGGUUGGUGCUGUAAUUACUAUAUCAACAAUGGCUGCAGCUGCAAUUGGUAAUACUUUCUCUGAUAUUCUUGGAAUUGGCUCUUCAUAUUAUGUGGAACAAUUGGUAAUCAAACUUGGCUUAAAACCUCCAAAUCUAACACCUAUUCAAUUGGAUAUGAAUUGUAGUAGACGAGCUGCUAAUUUAGGAAGAACACUCGGAGUUACUCUAGGUUGCUUUUUGGGGAUGUUUCCUUUACUAUUAAAAAAAGAUGAAGAAUCUAAGGAGGAAAAAUCUGUUGAGGAAGAGGAUGAAAAAUAA